UUACAGACUUUUUCUGUCUCUUUUCCAGUGUGUUAAGCAUUAUUGCUACAAGAUUGCACAGGGUUGCACAUCUGUAAUGUUCUGUAGACAUAGGUAAAUACUUUAUCCACUAUCACUCUCCCGAGGAUGUUGUAUUUGCAGGUGUUUUUUAGGAUCACUGAAUCCCCACUUUCAUGCUCAGUGGUAAGGCUCCUUAAAAAUACUACAGGACGCAAACCAUAAAAAGAGUAAGUGAUGGCACAGUCUCCAUUGACUCCUAGUUUGUAUUAGUUCUCACAAUAAGUCUGCUAUAAUUCUUUGUCCCUGUGUAGAAUGUCCUUUUAGCUCCACAGCUGGUUUUAAGUUUUUCUUUUUAUCAUUAGUUUUCAGUAUUCUGAUUGUGAUGUUCCUUGUGUGUUCUUUUGUUUUAUUUUUGAGACAGGCCCACAAUGUAGUUCAGGCUGGUGUUGAACUCACUAUAAAGCCCAGGCUGGCCUGGAAUUCACGAUGAUCCACUUCCCUCAGCCUCUCAAGUGCUGGGGUUACAGCAUAAAAAGAAGUUUAAAAAAGAAGAAGAAGAAGAAGAAGAAGAAGAAGAAGAAGAAGAAGAAGAAAAAACUACAAUAAAGUUUCAACGCACAGCAGUCAUAGGGCAACAAUGGUGAAUCUACUCCUUGCUGGCUUUAGGAUUCCUACUUCAGGAUUUUAAAUUUUGUCUUUUUAAUAAAACUCUGACGGAUAAAAGAUGUGCCAUGGCAGGAUAGCACCAAAGAGCAGCUCAGUGUUGGUUGCAGCCUCCGUGAGAUAUGGAAUGUUCCUUCCUCUGGUGAUCCUUAGCACCCUGCUUGGAGACGGACUUGCUUCAGUGUGUCCCCUGCCCCCGGAGCCAGAAAAUGGUGGCUACAUCUGCCACCCCCGACCCUGCAGAGACCCCCUGAUAGCAGGCAGUGUCAUCGAAUACCUGUGUGCGGAAGGCUACAUGUUGAAGGGGGACUACAAAUACCUGACAUGUAAGAAUGGCGAGUGGAAGCCGGCCAUGGAGAUCAGCUGCCAUCUCAAUGAAGACAAAGAAACCCACACUUCACUUGGAGUCCCCACGCUGUCCAUAGUGGCUUCCACUGCCAGCUCCGUGGCACUCAUUCUUCUCCUUGUGGUGCUGUUUGUGCUGCUGCAGCCAAAGCUGAAGUCUUUCCACCACAGCAGGCGUGACCAAGGGGUAUCUGGAGACCAGGUGUCCAUCAUGGUGGAUGGGGUGCAGGUUGCAUUACCUUCCUAUGAGGAGGCUGUAUAUGGCAGUUCCGGUCACUGCAUGCCGCCUGCAGACCCCAGAGUGCCCAUCGUGCUGUCGGAAGGGGCUGGGCCCAGUGGAAGGAGCCUGCCAAGGGAGCAGCAGGGCCAAGGGGGCUACUCUUCUGCGGGUGGUGAGGAGGAGGCCGCAGGCCAGUCCGGACUGUGUGAAGCCUGGGGCUCCCGAGGCUCAGAGACUGUGAUGGUGCAUCAGGCAACCACCUCCUCCUGGGUGGCUGGCUCAGGGAGCAGCCGGCCAGCGCACAAAGAAGCCACAGAUUCAGAGAACAGCGACAUACAAAGCCUUUUAUCCCUCACAUCAGAGGAAUACACAGAUGAUAUCCCGCUGUUGAAAGAAGCGUGAGGGCUGCUGCCGGCCUCUCCUCUCUGCGAGGGUCUUCUCUGCCCUCCCUCCCACUCCUUUGGGUUGAGCACCCUGUACUCCAGCCACCCCACCUGGAUACCUGAGCUGCCACCUGUGUAUCAGUGUGUCUCCGAGGGCCUGCAGGCCACCUCACUGGAAACUCAAGGAAGAUUCUCGCCAUCUGCCUGGACAGCUGGAGCAGCUGGCUGUCUGCCUGGCCCAGCCUUCCCAUCUGUUGGGAUGUAUUUGAAUGUGCUGGAUCGAACCCUCCCUUUCCCUGAGCCUUUGAGUCCUUUCCAGCCAGCUCUGUGAUGGCAGUCCCAUAGCCUCCGUGGGGCCGAGCACUGCUGUGUUUACUUGUGCCUUCCCCCAGCCCGUCUAGUUUCCCUGCCAUGCAGGCGUGUUGCUGUCCACAGGCUACUGCCCCUGCAUGUGGAGCUGGGCCAGUGGCUGGCCUCGCCUCCCCUCACAAGAGCAGAGCCAAGAGUGAGAGCCUCUGAGGAGUGAGUGGUUUUUGUUGGGGCAGACUCUGGGUCCCUGGGUUGACAUGGUGGCACACUUCCUUGGCCGAGAAUAGAGAAUUUGGAAAAUCAUGCCAAAGCCAUCCCAGUACCUGGCUGUCCAGCUCAGGUGCAGGCUCCUGGCCCGGUGGAGAGUUUCCACGAAGCAUCCAGAAGAUCCUGAGGGAGGGAAAGAAGGUGACUGGUAAUGACUGUCUUCCUAAUAUGCAAGCUCUCACUUCCUGCUUCCAGCAUUGCACCUUGGCCUUGGUCUUUUCUGUUCCCUGGAUAAGGGGAGUUGCAUGCUGCCUCCUGGGCUUCAUCCCAGGCAUCUCUGGCUUCUUUGCUGCCCACAGGGCCUGAGGCACAUCAUCCCAGGAGUUCUAAGAUGCCAUCCAACACACCUGGUCACUGGCAGUCUGGGCAAGUUGCCACUUUCUGGGGUUGUGGUGACGAAGGGGAGGCCGAGAGGCAUAGACCAAGUCCCUGGGCAGCUGCAGGCAGCUCCAGCCCGGUCCUGAGGAUCCUUCUCGUCGCGGUCAUGUGCCUUAGUAACUGUGCCCAGGAAGUGGCCUGCUGCCUACUGCACCUCUGCUUUUCCUACUUCUGCCCUUCCCGGUGCCCCUGCACACCUCGUGGCUGACAAGCCGUGUGUGUCUUCCCUGCCCUCUGGGGGAGGAGCUGAGAAGUGGUCCACAGCACCCCUGCCUUACUGGCUGAAGUGGGCUAAUGAGUGCCUGGCAGCCUGGCUUCCAGGUCCCUUUAGACGGAAGCCUGGAGUGUGGCCGCUGGAGGGAGCCGGAGUGAUGGUGGCACUCUGGGCGCCUCUCCCCGACUCCACGGCCGGCCUGUGGUGAAUGUAGGAAGGCCGGGCCAACAAGCUCCUCCAGGCUGCUGCCUUCUUCAGAGGACAGACGUGGCAUUAAGGAAUGUUUGCUUUUGCUUUGCUUUUUUUUUUUCCUGAAGCACUGGGGCUGGGAAACCUCAACGCUCACUCUGCUGCACCGCUGCUCCUGAGCAUCUCUGGUAUGGUAAAAGUAAUAAAAAGCCCAGUUCGGGAUCUGACCUAACAGGGUUAGCUCUAGCACGGGUGGCCUGAAGCUGGGGGAAUGAGCUUCUCCCAAGCUGCCACUCUUGGCCUCCGCUCUCACAACGCACUUUACUCCCCGGUCAUGCCUGACCUCUUGCUGCCCCUCAUCUUCUUUCCUCUCAGGGUAAGGGCAGUGCCCACUGUGCCUGCUGGCCACUCCCACAUGUCCCCCAUCCACCCAGAAGCCCAUUUGUUGUGCUGAUAAUCCAGGCAAGCAAAGUCAAAGGUAGGGAAUGGGUUGGAGAAGGUGCCAGAACUGAAAGACUGAAGCCGGAGGGAGAAAAGAAGUGACCCGCAUCUCAGCAGUUGCUGGGGUGGCCACCUAGUAGAGGGGUCCUCAACCCCAGCUGCUGCUAACAUGCAGACCCUCCUGGCGGUGUGCAGCGGAAAGGGGACGUGAGAAAUGGGAGGCGGGGCUGAAGUCUUAUGCUGAGCCUUUAGCUUUUAGUUUCCAUCCUUCCAAAACCUGAAUUCUGUUCUGGAAUAUUUUUUUAAAUAGAAGAGCCCACUCUCUCCUGUGUAGUUACCCUGCGUUUUUGCCCACCCAGAGGCUGCACUUUGAGGUUCAUUCUCCUGAUACCUCCUUCCGUCUCACCACACAUUCACACUGCUCGGAGGGUCACAAGCCCCGGCCUGCCUCCCUGUUAGGAAAGUAAGUACUUGGGACGAGUGUGCUGCCUCUCUUGUCACUGGCUCAGAGGAGGCUCUUCCAGCAGCUGCUGGGUAUGCAGGGGUUUGCAGCUCAGCUCAUGCUGCUGCUGACUCCAGGCUGGCCUCUUUCACAGCCAUCCUGCCCUCAGGGCAGUUUGUUCAUCUUUAGUCACAUGGGCUGUUCUGGAGCUUCUGAGCUUUGUUCUUUGCAGAGGGAUUGGGGGCUCCACAGCUGCCGUGAGGUAGGGCCUGGCUUUGGAGACAAGGCAGAUGGCACACAGCAGGCUAUUAGGAAGGAGCCUGCCCAGAGCCGGAGCCAGGCUCAUCUUCAAGGGCUGCCUGCCCUGCAGACCUGCCCAGAGGAGGUCAGCACCAAAGGACUUGUAGAAAGGAUUAUUUUCCUUACUCUUUUUUCUCCUUUCCCUCCCCUCCCCUCCCCUUUCCUCUAGUUCUCUCUCUCUCUCUAAUAUCUUCUACACUUGAGCUGGCUCAGUGCAGUUUUUUUUUUUAAUCUUGGUGAUGUUCUAGCAAUUUUGAAGGGCCAGAAUAUGGUGAAAAUCACUAAAGUCUAUCCCUCUCACGCCUUAGUUUAGCAGGCAGACUCUGCCUUUGCCAUUUCUGUAUUUUAUGUGCUGUACUUCACUGGGUGUGAACUGUGAAAUGGCUGGGUCUUGGCCACUGUGAAUUUGUUUGGUUUUAUAAGACAUUUCAGUGUACAUUCUACAAGCACUCCAUUUGCAAAGAGAACUUAAAACUAAUAUUAUCUUCCCCAUUCAUCUUGCCCUGCUCUUUCCAUCCCCAGCUUUAAAACUCUGUGAAGAAGCCAGGUAGCAAAACAGACAAAGGUAUAUUUUUCCUGCUUCAUGAGUAGUGACACAAAGGUAGAUGGUUCCCAGUCCCUUUCCUCCCAGACCGCUUGCUUACUGCAUAGCAUUGUUGCCUCCAUUUGUGGGAACGUUCUUACAUAGAGAAAGGAAUAUGCUGCAGACGUUUCCUGAUCCUGAUUUCCCCCCUCCCCUUUUCUUUCCCUUCUCAAAGAGCAAAAAGGGACUAGAAAGAAAGUGGCACACAGCCGUCACGGACUUACAGUAAGUCCAGAUGUGCUUGCCAAGGGCAGUGCGCUGGGAGCUUCUCUUGUGGGCCGGCUAGGUCUCCUGCAGGGCUUGGAGAAUAUUUUGCUUGGCAGAUGUUUGGGCUCAAUCUUGCAGUAGCUAGUUCUCUGGAGAGGGGAUGGUGGCAGGCCCAGCUUUGCUGGGAAGUGUCUCUUAAUUUCCUUGAAACUCUAGUAGAAUUUUGAACAAAGCCUCCAGUGUUGCCCCCUCUGCCAAGCAGUCUGGCUAGUGGAGGGAGUACAGGGAGCAAAGCACUCAAGUUGGAUUGCCAAGUGGGGAGGAGAGGUUCUGGGGUCGCAUAACAGCACCCACACCUGCUCUGGCUUCUUAAGGUUGUCACACCACUAUGGGAUCUUCUUCAGAAUGGUACUCAUGUAAUGGUUUAUAACAACACAUGCGUGAUUGACUCUGUACAGGAUGUCACUCAGAUCAGUUUGGGUUUGCUUUAUUUUAUAUAUAUAUAUUUUUUGGUAUCCUGUACAUUGCAGUGGGUGUGAAGAUAGUAUUUUAAUAUUUGUACAAAGUUUAAUUUAAUUUUAAUUGUUCUAUGUAUAUAACUGCAUUUCUAAAUAAUAAUAAUAAAAAAUUCUUAUGAAGGUA